UAACUCGACCCUGCCCCGCAGAGAACACAGACGUAACGACACGAGAAUUAGCCCAUCUCCGAUAUGGCCUCCGCCUCCUCCUCCUCUUCCUUUCUUCCUCCUCCGCCCUUUCCGCGCUCUUCGGUAUUCACCCCUAUUCCCGAACACGACGAGGAAGAAGAGGAGGAGGAAGAAGAGCAGCCGCAGGAAGCAGUGCCUGUAGAACAGCCAUCAACUGCGGCCGUAACCGAUAGUACUUCGUCCGUGCACAACCCUGCGCAGCACCACGCCGCCACCGCGUCCUCGGCGGCAAUUGCCUUACCAAUGGCCACCACGCGGCGACCCUCCCGUUCCAGAGGCCACGACGACAGCGAGGGUGUGUCCGUAUCCUGCAACAACUGCCGACCGACCUCCCGCGACAAGCUCAUAUCCGUCGUUCCCCUCGACACUGCUUCUGGCCGCCAACAUCCCACCGCUUUCUCCUCUUCGUCUCCCGGUCAAGGCGGCCUCCUCCGCUCCUUGUUCUUCUCUCUCACCGGACGGAGCCCCGCCGUUUCUUCCGCCGCAGCAGCCUCCUCUGCUAUCCGCGAGGACCAAUGGCGUUUCCUGGCGGCGGAGCUCUCCCGGAAGCUUAUCCACACCACGCGGAAGCGUGACGAAGCCGUGCUCGAGGCCUCCCGCCUCAAGCAGUCUCUCGCCGAGCUGGAUGACAAGAUCGAUCGCCUCGAGUCCCACUGCUGCGACCUCCGGGCCGCCCUCCAAUCUGGCCCUGCUCCUGGGCCGUCCUCCGGCACCUUCCCGGCGGAGUCCUUCCACCUCGCAGUUGCCGAUGCACGGGCUGCCGUCCGACACCUCGCCCGAUCUCUGAUCGCUCAGCUCCGACUCAGCCCACCCGGGUCGCUGUCCUCCGACCGGGUCGCCGCGCUGAUCCAGUCGUACGAUCCCCGGGCCGCGGUCCAGUGGCAGAGGAACCCCGGCGGUUUGGUGUUCUACAUGGAAGCGCUGCUGAACCGAGUGCUCUAUGACGGGUUCGAGAAGGACGAGGAGGAGGAGGCGAGGCAGAUCGAUCCGGCGGUCCGGUGCGCGGCCAGCCGGGCGGGCUACGAGGCGGUCCGGGGGCUGGGCUGGGAAGAGGUUCUCAGCAAUGGGACGCGGCACUACAGCGAGGGGCUGAGCCGGUUCUGCGACCGGAAGAUGAGCGAGGUGGUGGUGAUGGUCGGGUUGGCGCGAGCGUGGCCAGAGGGGCUGCUGCAAGCCUUCUUCGGGGCGGCAAAGGGGGCGUGGGUGGUCCGGCUCAUGGCGCGCUCCGUCCACCCGGCGGUCCCGGCGCUGAGGGCCGGCCGGGGAGCGCGCUUCGACGGCCGGUUCAUGGAGGACGUCGCGUCCGACCGGGCCAGGCGGCAGACCACAGCGUGCGUGCGUGCGAUGGUGGCUCCCGGGUUCCACGUGUACAACAACAACGGUGGCGGUGGGGUGGUCAAGUGCACGGUGCUCUGCGCGUACAACAGCGAGUGCGGUAACAACGGUCGAAGUGACACGACGAUGGUUACGAGAGACCUUCGCAGCUGCAGUGUAGGAAAGAAAUAAUACUGCAGUGUAGGAAAGAAAUAAUACUGCCCAGAGUGGUGCGUGCAGAAUAUCCAGCAAUCACAUUUCCUGGGUUGUUUUUAUUUUUAUUUAUUUUUAUGUUUUUUUCCCCCCCACCUCAGUGAGAGGCUGUUCAUACUUAAUAAGAUUUUGGAUCUGGGUAA